UUAAAAGAACAUUUCUAAUCAAGGUUAAACUAUAUUACUAAAUAAUUGGAGACCGAUUAAGUAUCCUAAACAUCUUGGUUUAUCAAACAAUAUGAAUCAGACAAAUUAUUUCAUUAAACCAAAUGCAAGCAUUUCUGAUCGACGUGAAAACAUUCAGAAGAUAACCCGCAAAAAGUUAAAAUGGCAUAAAUUCCCAUAUGGCUCAUUUCAGAAGUAUAUAAGACAAGUUAAAAAAACUCUAAUUCCUGAAUCCAAGCUCAGUUCUAUGACGUUGAAAGAACUCGAUGACAUUUUGACUCACAUUUUGGAUAGAAUUGAGACAGAGCUCCAGAGAUUGAUUCGCUUAAGUAACAGCAAGACCAUCACUACCAGACAGUUGGAAUUCGCUGUGCGAUUAUGUUUGCCGGAACACCUUGGACGUUUGGCUGCCAAUUAUGGAAACAGUGCCAGUCGGGUUUUAAAUAAUGGCUUGGUUCCUUUUGGUGAUGUACGCAGUGAUACAGGAGCUAAUGGAACUGAAAUCGCAAGUAUCAAAGAAGAGCCAAUUAAUUAAGCUGCAUUGUUACUGGGAUCCUAAAA